AUGAGCUCACCCACUCCAGCAAUUUUCCGGGAAGAAUUUGGGUGCGAUUCGCCCUUCGCAGACAUUCCUUUAACACCUCAGAGAAUGAACUGUAUCAUAGAGGAGGAAUCGACUAAAGAAGGGCACAAGGAUACACUACGGACGCUCGAAACUGGGGAGAAAAACACUCCCCAAAGACCCCUUUCAUUUUACUCAGCGGCCGGUGGAAACAACUCCAGUAACAGUUUGAUAGCAAAUCCAUCGUUCAGCUUUGGUGGUAACAAUAACGCUUCACAAGACAAUAACGCAACUAAUGGCAAGCGCAAUUCGCUCAAAUAUGUGCCAGGUCCCAAACUGCCGCCCCUUUCUUCUCGAUCCAAGUCCCCAGUGAGGCUGAAUCGGUCGCCGUCCCCAGAUAGCUCCAAAAGACGUUCUUCGAUCGUACUUGAGAAACCGUUCAACUUUUCAUCUUCGACUUUGCAACCACCAAAUUCGGGUGGCUCUGCUACGAGAGCAUCUUUUCGUAAAGGCCAUAGGUACAAGCAUUCUUCCGUUUCGAUGAAUUUCUUUCAGGAACCUGAAGUCAAAAUUCCCCUAAGCAUCGCCAAAUCACUUCCGAUACCCGAUUUUGCGGACCUCAGAAGUAAUAUCCAAUGGCCGAGCGGGUAUGUCAAACUCACAUUGGUGGCACUACAAUCGCUGACAUGCAUCACAACAUUCCACCUAGGACGAUCCAAAAAUUGGAGCAAUUUUAUUACAUUGUCCCAUCUAGUGCUUUACGAUGUCAUAGGAUCUCUCGCGGUCGUUUUAGUUGAAAACUUGUCCCACUUUCAGGUUUGGAAUACUGGGACAGUGAAAUUCCCAUUUGGAUUGAACCGUGUGGAUCUGCUCUUGAGUUUUGCCCUUGCGAUAUCGUUGUGUUUUAUGGGUCUCGAUUUAUUCUUUCAUAUACUGGAAGAAACAAUCGCUAUUUUCGUCGAGUCUACAGACCACGAUCAGCAUGAUGAAAUUGCCCCAAAGAUCCCACAUUCGCAUCACAAUCAGUUACUUCCUCGAACUUCCGCAGACUCACGUCUUUGGUAUGGCGUCUUGGUACCUACCUUGGUAUUUUCUCUACUUACAUUAUUCAAAAUAUUCCAGUCGAAUACUCAUGCCAGGUUUAAGAUCAAGAAUCCGCUCAUUACUUGCACUUACAUUCUAUAUCUUGUGCUAUUACCAGGGAUAUCCAAAAUCACCAGCUCUUCAGAUUACUUCGCUACCGGUUUGUUAUCUGUUCUGAUUAUGACCUAUGGCUGGAAAAUUGCCAAAUGGACUUCCACUGUUCUACUAAUGGGCUUUUCAACGGCUUCGCUAAAUGGUUUGAUGUUGGACAAUAUUGACCAUAGCGCAGACAUUCUAACACCAACAUAUGAAGUAUCAAGAUCACCUUCAACCUUACCCAAAAUGGCAUUUGGUGGAAUGGAAAAAAGCAUGCCGUGUGACCCAAGCGUUGUGAAGAGUAAGCUCAAAGAAUCAAUAGAAGAAUUGGCAGAUUUUCGUGCUAACUGUCGACUGGCAUAUGAGGAUUUGACAAUCAUUAAGAUCAAUUUUGAACAGUAUAUUGUCCUGAUGAAAAUUCACAUGUCUGGUGGAUCUAAUGACGAUGAAUUAAGCCUGCGCAUUUCAGUAGACAAAUGCUUGCGGAAAUUUCUCAAAUCUGUUGAAACUACCAUUGAUAUAGAUAGACUGUGA